AGCUCCGCCUCCCUCUCCCACCCGCACCCUCCCUCUCCUCUCCCGGCUCGCGCAGGCAGGCGACACAGCGAGGCUAAAACCCUAACGCGAGGAGGUGUAGGCAAGCCAGCGGCUUCGCGAUGACGGCGCCGGCGGACAAGGGGAAGAAGGCCAAGACCGAGGCCGGCGGCGGCGAGGAGAACGAGCAGAUCGACGGCGCCCUCGUGCUCUCCAUCGAGAAGCUCCAGGAGAUCCAGGACGAGCUCGAGAAGGUAAAUGAGGAAGCAAGUGACAAAGUUAUGGAGGUGGAGCAGAAGUACAGUGAGAUUCGCAGACCUGUCUAUCUCAAGAGAGGUGACAUUAUCAAGACAAUCCCAGACUUCUGGCUGACAGCGUUUAUGAGUCAUCCGCUACUCAGCGAGCUUCUGACUGAAGAUGAUCAGAAGAUAUUCAAGUACUUGGAUUCUGUUGAUGUGGAUGAUUCUGAUGUCAAGGCAGGAUACUCCAUUCAUCUUAACUUCUCCGAGAAUCCGUACUUUGAAGACACAAAGCUUACAAAGACCUAUUCCUUUGCUGAUGAUGGAACAACAACAAUAAAAGCUUCUCAGAUUAAGUGGAAGGAAGGAAUGGGACCUGCAAAUGGAAAUGGUAUUAACAAGAAAGGGUCCAAGCGACCAUUGGUAGAGGAAAGUUUUUUCACGUGGUUUGGUGAUACAGAGCUCAAGAGUCUUGCUGAUGGUGUGCAAGAUGAGGUGGCUGAGAUCAUCAAGGAAGACCUGUGGCCUAAUCCUUUGAAAUACUUCAACAAUGAGGUUGAAGAUGAGUUUGAAGGAGACGAAGAAGAUGAUGACGAUUUGGAUGGUGAGGAUGGCGAGGAUGACGACGAGGAGAACUGAACCCUCGGCGCUGGUUCUGAAUCGACAUGUCAGCUGUUGGUGGGGACUGUGGCUCUGAAGGGGCGGAAUUAUGUGACCCUUUUGCGAGAUUUUUUCUUGGUUGUUUGACUUAGCUGGAACUCACCGUAGGGAACUGUUUAAUGCCUUAUGAAGUCAACCAACUUGAAAGGAGACCGCUAUAUCAUAAUCUGGGUAUAUCUAUGAAGGCAAUUUGACCUGCU